AUGUCGUCUUCAUUCAAACGAUCAAGAACGCCUGAGAGGCAUCAAAGGCGGAGGCGUACUAAUAAUAAAGUACCAACAGGUUGGCUUGAUUAUACACCAUUGAAUACGUGGAUUGAAAAUACACGGAUUAUUCCGUUUAAAUGUCCUUUGAAAAGAUCGAUUCUACGGCAUCUUCAGGAAGAUGAACGAUUCUCUCUGGACGAUUUAACAGAUCGUUUAGCAAAUCAAGGUCGUAAAAUUGGUUUAAUCAUCGAUUUAACUGACACUGAUCGAUAUUACGACUAUCGAGACGUCGAAGAUAUGGAUAUUGAAUAUUGUAAAAUUCGAGUGCCUGGUCAUCAAGAUGUACCUGAGCAUAGUUGUCGAAAAUUUUUUCGAGUGGUUGAUUCAUUCUUACGAGACAAUCGACAUAAUGACAAACUCAUUGGCAUUCAUUGUACACAUGGAAUUAAUCGAAGUGGCUAUUUUAUUGUCAGAUAUUUAAUCGAAGUUUUUGGUCUAGAACCUAACGAUGCUAUCUCCGCUUUCAAUCGAGCACGUGGUCAUCAAAUGGAGAAGUAUACUGAUGAUCUUCGGAGGCGAAUUCCAGGAAUUGCUACUCAAGUCACAUCAUCGGAUUCUGAUGAGAAUGAUUAUUAUGUGAAAAGAGAUCGACCGUUACCAUAUACUCGGCCAUCGGUAGAUCCAAUGUCUAAUGAUUGUUCUGCAAAAGCAUCGGAAAUUAAUCUAUAA